GCUGGAGAUGUAUAAACUACAACUUCUUCCUCCGCAUAUCAUUUCUAGCAUUUGCUAUCGAAGACCAGGAUCCGAGGAGAUAAACUGAACAUCAAUUCGAUGCUUGUUCAAAAUGGGAGGUCGCGCGUGGCUGCCAAUUGCUCUAAUUCGUCCAUGAAUGCCGCGGGGUUCUUCUCGUUAUUUUAUCGAUGGUCAACCAUUGAGUGCUCGGGGUCGAGUAGAAGUAAAUGGGAUUCCAUACUCGACAUAAUUGAGCAUUAUGCUAACUAGAUCCUAGUUCCUCCUCGAUUCCUUUCCACGCAACACAUUCCAAGAACCACACCCCGACCCUUCAGUCUUCCAAUACCCAUUGGAAAUCAAAAACACCUCCGCUACACAUCCACCCUCCCCUCCACCGAACCCCCCCUCUCCACCUCCCUUCGCCAAAUAAUGCGCACCCUCCCGCACUCCGUCGUAGUCCUCACCACCUCUCUCCCCCGCCCCUCCCCAGACCUCGAAGGCAUCCUCGCAGCCCAGAACUCAGGACUCCCGUACGAUCCCCAGGCCCCUCAAAGGAAUAAAUACCGCGCAAUGACAAUCUCCUCUUUCACCACCCUGACGCUGACGCCGAAACCGAUCGUCACGUUUAAUAUCCGGACCCCCUCUAUCACGCUCACUGCGCUGGGGAAAGCGGGGCACUUUUAUAUCCAUGUGUUGGAGGGGAGUGAGAAGGGGAGGGGGGUGGCGGAUCGGUUUACGANGGAUGGGGAGGUGGUGAUACCUAGGAUUGUGGGGAGUGGUGUGAGGAGGGUUUUGCGAUGUCGGGUUCUGGGGAAGGGGGAGGGAGGUGGUGAUGUGGGGUUUGUGACGGUUGGGGAUCAUAUUCUUGUUCUUGCGGAGGUUAGGGAGGUUGUUGGGGCUGAAGAAGAGGGGGAUCAUUGGCUUGGGUUGUGUUAUGCUGAUGGGAAGUAUCGGGCUGUUGGGGAGGUUAUUGAUGGUAAGGUUAAGAAGGUGGUAGAUGAUGCUUUACCGCAAGGGUGUAUUGUAUGA